UUCGAGUAAAAGGAAAAAAGGCAACAUGGGAAAGAUCGCGUUCUUCGACUGCUCUGCGGGUGCCGCGGGGGACAUGAUAUUGGCCAGCCUUAUCGACGCGGGCGCUCCAUUAGAUGCCAUCAAAGCAGGCUUGCUGACGAUUUCUGCAAUCCGAGGGGAAUGGGACAUUUACACCGAGCGAGUGUGGAAAGGCACGGGUUUGAUUGCCGCAACGAAAGUCCACGUGUCGUCUAUCCACCAGCAUGAUCCACUGCCAGCACCCCAGCAUGAUGUUGCUCAAGUGAAAGGUGCAUCACGCGAGAGUCGUCACGACGACCAUGACCAUGAUAACAGCAGCCACAGUCAUUCCCACGAUCACAGCCAUGACCAUUCUCAUGAUCACUCCCACAGCCACGACCACGAAGAGAAUCACGAUCACUCCUACAAACACCACAACGACGACUAUUCACACCAGGAUCAAGGUCACCAUCAUCACCACCAUCAUCAUAACGAUCAUCAUCACGAACAUCGCAAUUUCGAGACCAUAUCGAACAUGAUCGAUGGCAGCGGGCUGUCUCGUUGGGUGAAAGAGAACAGCAAGCGCGUAUUUCACUGUUUGGCCGAGGCGGAAGCGUCUGUGCAUGGCACGACCAUGGACAAGGUGCAUUUUCACGAAGUGGGCGCCAUCGACAGCCUCGUGGAUACGAUCGGGUCGGUUUUGGCCCUGGAACUGUUGGGCGUGGACCAAGUACACUGCUCGUUCCUUCCGUUUUCCAAAGGGUUUGUUCGAUGCUUGCAUGGCAUCAUGCCAGUGCCAGCCCCCGCCACGCUGCGCUUGUUCCACGGCAUUCCCAUGGGUCCUGCCCCCAAUGGGGCGGUGGGUGAGUUGGUGACGCCCACUGGAGCCAGUCUCAUGAAAGCACUGGCCAAGACGUUCGGGCAACCUCCUCCGUUUCUUCCGACGGCAUCGGGCUCUGGUGCUGGCACCAAGGACUUUCCGAACCAUGCCAACAUCGUUCGCGUCGUGAUCGGGACUCUGACGGACCCGAGCGCUACGGUGGUCAAUGCGCACUGGACGCCCAUGCCUUCUUCCACUACCGCAGCCCCUACUGACGCCACCAUCGAGAACGUCGCUGUCUUGGAAACCAACCUCGAUGACAUGAAUCCCCAGCUGUUUGGGCAUGUGCAAGGGCUGUUGCUGCAGCGGGGAGCGCUCGAUGUGUGGCUCCAACCCGCUCAAAUGAAGAAGAAUCGACCGGCGAUGGUGAUGAGGUGAGGACUCGCUUCUUUCAAAGUUGUGAUGUCUUGAUUGGAUGCAAAUGCAGUGUGCUCUGUGAGCCCCACCAAGUUGGCGACCUCUCCACCAUUAUCUUUCAAGAGACCUCCACUUUGGGCAUUCGACGCCAAUCCAUGGAUCGCAUCGUCCUUCGUCGCGAAAAGAUGGACAUUCCGUCGCAAUAUGGCAUCGCGUCUAUCAAGGUAACCAAUCUAACACCAAUAUGCCAACCUCCUUAGUAUUGAAAUCAAAUAGAUUGGGUACUUGAACGGGCGCGUUGUGAAUGUCCAACCGGAAUACGAAGACUGCAAAGUGAACCAACACUCUUAUUCAUCACAUGUAUGAUGUAUUCAGGGGAUUUUGUACAUAGACAUUGGCCCUGGCUUCGAACGUUCCUCUCAAGAACGUCUUGGCGACGAUUACCUCUUGCGCAAUGGACAUAAUCGGAGCAUCGUCAAAGCAGGAUGGACAUGUGAACGUGCAGCCGUAGCUACUGUAUUAAUACUAUUAAUAUAGUAAAUAGUACCUAGUA